AUGGUAUCAGAAGUAUCAGAAAUAGUCAACCAUUUUGAAGAUCAAGAUAUCAUUUCAUCACGAAAACGAGGAAACCCGCAUCCACUUGGACUAGUUUCUUUCGGCGUAACUACAUUCGUCUUUUCAUUUUAUAAUCUCGGUAUCUGCGGAAUCACGCAUGAGAAUGUCGGUCUCGGUCUAGCGUUAUUUUAUGGUGGAUUCACACAAUUUAUCGCGGGCAUGUUGGAAAUGUAUUUGGGUAAUACGUUGCCUGCCACGGUGUUUAGUUCAUACGGCGCAUUCUGGUUGUCGUUUGGCUUGAUUUCGUUACCCUCUGCGGGAAUAAGUGCGGCUUACGCCGAUCCUAAAGAAUUCGAUAAUGCGAUUGGUAUCUUUUUGACUGCUUGGGCAAUUUUGACGAUAAUAUUGUUAAUUGGCGCACUUCGCACAAAUAAUUGCAUGAUUGGUGCUCUUCUAUUACUAUUUUUGAUUUAUGUUAGCCUUUCUCUUGGAAAAUUCACCGGACAGCUUGUCUUUAUCAAAAUUGGUGGAGGCAUUGGUGUUGUAUUGGCAAUAUUGUCGUUUUAUAUGACACUUGCAAAUAUGUUGACCAAAGAAAAUUCGUAUUUCACUCUUCCUCUCGGCCAGAGAAGCUUUGAUAAUGUCAAUGUGCACAAUGCUCAUCAGACAAUAUCUGUCGAAAAUAAAACGUUUGUCCUCAUUAAUGAAGCUUACAGUGCCCAGAAAGUCGCGACCGAUACGAUAUUUAACGUCGUUGUGUUGGCAGUGACAACGACACAACAAAAAAUUUGA